GCUGGAUCCGAGCCGCUCUCCCGGCCUUCCGGCGCCGCCCACGCCGCCGCCGCGCACCCGACGCGCCGAAGGAGGCUGCCGCCGCGACCCCCGCGACCGCGCCCCCGCACUAUCCAGAGAUGCAGUGUUUUGGUGUGGACCUCUACAAGGACGAGACGCGCGGCGGCACCUACUCGAUAGCGGACCAAGUAGCUCGGUUCUCCAAAGCUAUAAGCGAUGGCAACGAGCGCUACCUCGAUGUGGCGUCGGUCUACGACGGGAGUUACUUAAAAGACAAGACCGUAUUGGUAACAGGAGGUAAUAGAGGUUUGGGCCUCGCCCUGUGCAAGCGCUGUGUGGCGGACGGAGCUACUGUUUUGGUCUUCGGUAGAAAACAAUCUGACGAGUUGAAAGAGCUAGGCUGCGUCCAGAUGACAGGCGUCGACGUGACGAACACGAGUGCCGUAAAAAACGCGUGUCGAAAAGUCGUCGAGCAGGGCUACCAGCUCGAUAUCGUCAUAAACAACGCGGGCUACUUCUACGGGCCGCGCGAGGCCGUGACGCCGACGGACACGAUGCAUUAUGAUGAGCAAUUAAAACAAAUUGACGUCUGCGCCGUCGGGCCGUUGCGCGUCUCGGCCUGCUUGCGCCAGGCUCAUGCGUUGAAGAAGGACGCCCAGAUUAUCAUAAUUACGUCGCAGGCCGGGUCCGUGCAGUGGCGCUUCACGCAAAAUAGGAACGUGGGCGGCGAUUACGGGCACCACAUGUCGCGGGCGGCGUGCAACAUGGGCGCCGUGCUGCUGGGGGAGGAGUUGAGGGCCGAUGGUAUGAGCGUGGUGUUGUUACACCCCGGGUUUUGUCGCACGGAAAUGACGCGGAAGUACGAGUCGAUCUGGGACGCCGAGGGGGCGGUUGAUGCUGAUGUAGGUGCUAUGCGCGUGCUGUUUGAAGUGGGGAGAAAGCACGAGUCCGGUUCCUACAUAAACUGCGAGGACGGGCUCCGGAUCCCCUGGUAGAGAGUAAC